AUGGAUAUCGACAUGAGCCGUCGCAACAAGGUCCCGCGCCCUCUGUCCGACUCCGAACGGGGUCGGCUGGACGAGUUCAUCGACUCCAUCCACUACUCGGCACGGGACCGCAUGGAACUGACCCAGUCCUUCACAUCUAGGUAUUCCGACAGCGAAUUCGAAUACCGUCAUGUGCAGCUUCCCAAAGCCAUGCUCAAGGCUAUCCCCAAAGAUUACCAUGAUGCCAGCCACGGAACGUUGAAGCUGCUUUGGGAGGAGGAAUGGCGCGCACUUGGUAUCACUCAGAGUUUGGGCUGGGAGCAUUACGAGGUUCAUGAGCCGGAGCCGCAUAUUUUGCUGUUCAAGCGUCCCCUCAACUACCAGCCCCCUCAGUGA